CACGAAGCUGACAGCGACCGGUAGCAGUGACGAAAGGCAUUAAGUGCCGAAGGAGGGAAACUGGGCAGGUAUAUAACAGAGCUAGUUGACCUCUUCAUCAUAUCAAGUGCUACCGACACGUUAAAAACCGAACAGGGAGCUCAGAGAGUGAGCAUCAAGGAUAUUCGUUCCCCUCACCCAGAGUGAACGCUCACCUGAACAAGGGUCUGUUCCCCUUUCCCCUUCGUGGUAUCUUUGGAGGAUUUCAGCCUUCUGUGGAUUCACAGCCCAUGACUAUAACCCACUAACAACACAAAGCACUAGAAUGGACACAGUUUUGUGUACCCCCCGGACUCCGUCCCCACCCACAAAGCUUCCCAGGAGCGAGGGCAGCAAGCCCAAACUGGCGUUCUCAAUCGACAAAAUCAUGGAACCGAGUCCUAAGAAAACCAGAGUGAUCGAGAAAAGACCCCCAUCCCCUGAACGCGUCCCAGCGUUCAGGAAAGUGCCCCGAUCUGAGCCGAAGUCGGAUCUAGGAGGGGGGUUCUCCUACCCUGCCCUUCUAACAGCGUCUUACCAACAGGCGGCUUACAAUAAUUUUCUCAUGGGGGACGGGCGACGGUCAGGCAUUCUCAAUAUCCCCCGGGAUGCACGCGAGCCUGGACAGGUGUACCCCCUCUAUCACCCAGUGUUCUCCAACCUCGCGCGGUCCAGUUACGAGGACUACCACGCGCAGCUUCUAAGAAAUUACUCCCUUCUUCAUCAAUCCAGCCUCUCGCCAAAUAAAGACCGACUUUUUUCAAAUCUGGAUCUCUUGAAAUUCUCGGGGGUCCCUCAUGUACUGUCGCAGGGUAAACCGCUUGGUCAGAGGUCUGCAUUUGUUGUCCAGGAAAACAGAGACAGUUUGUUUACACGGGAGAAAGUUGCAGAAAGUCCGAAAAUCUCUCCGUGUGAAGUUGAGGUGAAGGUUGUGAAAGUUGAUAAGGAGGAAUGUUGUAGCGAUAAGGACAAGAGCUUUGAUAAGGAGCCGGAGAGUAAGGAGGUGGAACCGAACAACAAUGGCAGCAGUCCCGAUAGUAACGGACUGAAGAAGCCUGUUAACAAGAGCCAGAAGACAUUCACCUGUCCCGAGUGUGGGAAGGUGUUCAACGCACAUUACAAUCUCACUCGCCACAUGCCCGUGCAUACAGGCGCCAGACCGUUCAUCUGCAAAAUCUGCGGAAAGGGUUUCCGUCAAGCAAGUACGCUAUGUCGACACAAAAUCAUCCAUACUUCAGAGAAGCCUCACAAAUGCAGCACAUGUGGAAAGUCGUUCAACAGGAGUUCUACCUUGAACACACACAUGAGAAUUCACCAGGGCUAUAAGCCGUUUGUCUGUGAGUUCUGUGGGAAAGGGUUCCACCAGAAAGGCAAUUACAAGAAUCAUAAACUUACACAUAGUUCCGAGAAGCAGUUUAAAUGUUCGAUCUGCAAUAAAGCAUUUCACCAGAUAUACAACCUUACAUUUCACAUGCACACACAUAACGAUAAAAAACCUUUCACUUGUCACGUGUGUGGGAAGGGAUUUUGCAGAAAUUUUGAUCUCAAGAAACACAUGCGAAAGCUGCACGAUGGUACCUCCCCACCGUCACCAACCUCGGGGCAGAACCCCACCCCCAACGGUCACCCGGGUAGUACCAUGUUCCCCCAAUCCAACCUCCCCCCUCAUUCGGCAUUCCUGAGUCGCCCUUCUUUGUUCACGGGGUCAGCAUUGGGUUGUCAAAGAAAUCUUCUUUCCCCGUACAUGUUGGGCCCAAAUGCCGCGUCCUUGCUCCACAAGAUUUCUUCUAUUAUAUAAGGACUUUGAAUGAGUGGCUAGAACAAUGACUUGUCAGUGUGAUGAACUACAACGCAAGAACUCAUUCAAAUGUUGCCGAAACAGUGAGACAAUAUUGCUGUCAAAGUGUAUGACUGAUUUCUCGGGUAUUGUGAUUUUUUGUUUGACAUUAUCUGAUGUUUGACUUGGUGGCCUGCACACCGUUAGUGGUCGCGUUAUGCAUCAUGGCUUGUGCAAGUACAGACAUUUGACACCAUUGCAAUAAUUGAUUAUGCUGCAUUGUGAUCGAGAUGAUACAUUUCUACCAUUCAUUACUAUGUAAUUGAUUACAUCUCUCGUGGGUGCCAUAUUUAAAAUAUUUUAAAAUGUUCAGAAGUGCUUUCAACACUGACCCCCAAUAUGGUCCAUUUGCACGUGCAAGGAGUAAAAUGGUGGGGUGUUUUCAUCAACAAUGUUGGACUCUUUCACAUAUUGUAUUGCGUGUUCAAUCAAAUCCAUUUAGAUGAAUUAAAAUUAUUGAGAAUGAAGACAGUC